AUGUAUAACAAAAAGUAAAAAAAACAUCAGAAGGCUUCUGAUAAGGAAAACUAGAAAGAAACUAAUAGAGGAAAGCCCUGUGAUAUUUAAAAUACAACUUUAAAUAUUCCUAAUAUCUGGACGAAUGAUUAGACUUGCUUGAGACUUAUUAAAUAUUUAUCAGACAUCGGAAGACACAAUUGUUUGCAUUAAGCAGGCAAACAAAGUGGAAAAAAAGAUGAAAAAAAUAAACAAGAAAAGCCAGAAGGUGAUAAUAAAUAAAGCUUAAAAAAAAAAGAGAUCGAAAACACAAGAAAGUACUUCGAAAAAUGCGAAGACUUUUCCGAAUAAUUGUUUGGCCAUAAGUGCGAAACCAAAAGAUGUAUAGUGUUCUUCUUCAGAUCAAAUAUAGAUGAUAAAAACAAUAAUUAUGAUAAUAUAACAGCUUGUCCAUAGGAUUGUAAAGAUGUUCUAUUUAAGCUAUCAGCCUUAUUUACUCACAAAUUCUUUAUGGAUCUAAUCGAGAUCUUGAAUUCAUCUAACAAUAUUCAACACCUAAUUAGUGCUUUCAUUUCAAAUAGGGGCACACCAGCAUCAUUUUCUCCUAUUAUCCAAAAUUUAUUUAUAAAAUACAUGAUUGAAACUAUGAAAGAGAAAAAUUCGAUGCAUGACUUUGAAAUGAAAACCAGAGACGAAUUGGAAAGAACCUUUUAUAACUUUGUUGAAUCUCCUGUUGCCAAAGAGGAACUAGAAAAAUUUAUCAGAGAAAUCAAACUCAUUUUUAAUAGAGAUAAUGAUCAAUAUCUACCUUAAGAGUUGGAAACUGGAGAGCUUGAUAAUUUAGAUGAAGAACGUCAUGGUAAUUUACAUUAUAUGAUGGAAGAUAUGGAAAUGCAAAGAGAAUAUAAUCACUAUUCACUCCCUUGAUAAUUUUGAUUAUUGUUUAUCUUAGCUACC